AUGGUGCGGAUCCUUGGUGCUCUGGUCGAGGGCAUGCUCUGGUUUCGGUUACUGUUGCUGUGCGUCGUGGAGUUGGAGCUGGGAGCCGGGCUUUCUACUUUCCAGGGUUUCUAUCUUCCACCUGCGAACGGGUCGCUUCUCGCACCUGCCCGGAGGACAGACGGGGUCGUGCGGACCAUUGACCGGAUUUACCACGGAGGAGGGAAGGUGGGCUACCUGCUGUACCUGGAUGGGAGCCGGUUUCAGCUGGACAUGGAGCGGGACGAGUCGGUGCUGUCGCAUCACUUGAGCCCUCAGUAUGUGCUCGCUAUGAUGGGGGAGAGCCCUGCUCCUUUGCAGCGGGAAUGUGUGUACCGCGGGACGGUGGACUCCAACCCGGAGUCCCUGGCCGUCUUCAACCUCUGCGGCGGGGGUCUCGGGGGCUUCUUCGCCGUGGACCACGCGCGCUACACCAUCACGCCUAUCAUCAGGGCUAAGGGACAUGAGCACGACGUGCGCGCCCUGCAGGACAAGGACGCGGAGAGCGCGCUCCACGUGUUCACGCGCGAGAGUUUCAGCUUCGAGGCCAUGCGCGAGGGGGGCGAGAGCUGUGGGACGCGCGACGGGCGCAGAGGACGCAGGGAUGCGGCGGGGAAACGCCGGCAAAGAGGGCUCGGAAAGGGGAGGCGGGACAAAGAGAGGCUCGCAGAGGAAAGCACGGAUGACCACGGCGCGCGCGGGCGAACACAGUGGAGCCGGUUCGCCAAGGCGCCUGCUCCGGAGCGCGGAGCGCGGGGCAAGAGGUCGGUGUCUCGCGCCAGACACGUGGAGCUGCUUCUGGUGGCCGACGACACCAUGACCAAGAAAUACGGCAAGGACUUGAACCACUACCUGCUCACACUGGCCUCCAUCGCCUCCAAGCUGUACGGGCACGCGAGCAUCGAGAACCCCAUCAGGCUGUCGGUGGUGAAAGUGACCGUGGUCACUGAGAAGGAGAAGGGGCUCGAGGUGACCAAGAACGCGGCGUCGACCCUGAAGAGCUUCUGUAAGUGGCAGAACCAACAAAACCCGCUCGACGACGACCACCAGAACCACCACGACGCCGCCAUCCUCUUCACCAGGCAGGACCUCUGUGGCCACCACUCCUGCGACACCCUGGGCAUGGCGGACGUCGGCACCAUCUGCUCUCCAGAGAGAAGCUGCGCCGUCAUCGAGGACGACGGGCUUCACGCUGCGUUUACUGUCGCACAUGAGAUAGGUCACCUGCUUGGUUUGUCUCACGACGACUCCAAGUUCUGCGAGGAGCGCUUCGGAGUGAACAGCGACAAGCGGCUCAUGUCCUCAAUCCUGACCUCCAUCGACGCCUCCAAACCCUGGAGCCGCUGCACCUCGUCUACCAUCACGGACUUCUUUGACGAUGGCAACGCCGAGUGUCUACUGGACUCUCCUCGCCUGCCCCUCUUGGGCCCAGAGGAGCUCCCGGGGCAAAGCUACGACGCCGUCCGCCAGUGUCGCCUGGCCUUCGGCCCCGAGUACACGGUCUGCCCGGGGAUGGACGUGUGCGCCCGCCUGUGGUGCGCCGUCAUUCGCCAGGGACAGAUGGUGUGUCUGACCAAGAAGCUGCCGGCCGUGGAGGGGACGCCGUGCGGGAAGGGACGCAUCUGCCUGCAGGGAAAGUGUGUGGACAAGACCCGCAAGAGACACUACUCGGCGUCCAACCACGGCAGCUGGAGCUCCUGGGGUCCAUGGGGUGCGUGCUCUAGAACUUGCGGAGGCGGGGUGCAGUUUGCCCAACGCUUGUGCAACAACCCGCCGCCCCGGAACAACGGCCGCUUCUGCACGGGGAAGAGAGCAAUCUAUCGGUCCUGCAACGUCACGCCAUGUCCAUCAUCCAAUAAGAGUUUCCGGCAGGAGCAAUGUGAAGUACGCAACGGGCCCCAGACGGAUCCUAAAGGGGUGAAGACGUUUGUUGAGUGGGUGCCCAAGUACGCAGGAGUCCUCCCUAAAGAUGUGUGCAAGUUGACCUGCAGAGCAAAAGGAACAGGAUACUAUGUGGUGUUCUCUCAGAGGGUGAUAGACGGGACAGAGUGUCGUCCUUACAGCAGCUCGGUGUGCGUGAAAGGGAAGUGUGUACGGACGGGCUGCGACGGCAUCAUCGGCUCCAAGCUCCAGUUUGAUAAGUGUGGUAUAUGUGGAGGCGACAGCACGGGAUGUAUACGCAUCGUGGGCAACUUCACCAAGAAGAGUAAGGGCUACACUGACGUGGUGAAGAUCCCUGCAGGCUGCACCCACAUCAAGGUUCGUCAGCACAAGGCCAAGGACCAGACCCGCUACACCGCCUACCUGGCCCUGCAACGGCCCAACAACGAGUACCUCCUAAACGGCAAGUUCAUGAUCUCCACCUCCGAGACGAUCAUCCCACUCAACGGUUCUGUGCUCAACUACAGCGGCUGGAGCCAGAGGGACGAGUGGCUUCACAGCAUGGGGCCCGGGGCCCUCAAAGAAGCCUUGGUGGUCCAGAUUCUAGCGACAGAUGCUAAAAAGCCCCUGGAUGUUCGUUAUAGCUUCUUCAUGCCCCGCCGGACAGCACCACAGCAGCGGACAGCACCACAGCAGCCGUCAGCUCCGCUCAUCCCCAACCCAAAGUCCACCUCUACACAGAGCACCACAACCACGACGAGAACCACCACCACCACCACCACCACCACCAGUAGCACCACGACAUCUUCCUCCGCUCCCCCUGUCCUGGUCCCAAGGCCACCGACAGCUCCAGGUCCCUCCACCCCAACCCCGGGGCCCCACUGGGUAACGGGGGCCUGGAUGACCUGCUCCAGGACUUGUGACACUGGCUGGCAGAGCCGGACGGUGCAGUGUAAGGACCAGGAUGGGAAACUAUCCAAGGGCUGCACGUUAGGUGCCCGACCCUCCGCCUUCAAACACUGUCUGGUGAAGAAAUGUUGAGGCGGCAGGAGAGGGGAAAUGAUUCGCGAGACAAUAAACAAUUCAUAGGAACACGUUUAAUCUGUACAUCUGAUGAAAGGUCUCAAGUGCUGGAUGUAGGACUAUGGACCAAUGAAUUUAAGAACCUUUAACAGGACUGUGAAUGUUGGCUAAAAGCGCCUGGACCAGAUGCACAGAGACUCAGACAGAUGGUCAUGGAUGUACCUGACUGUGUGUCCUGAAAUCAUAGUAGCUAUGCAGAGCAAGAGAGGACAGCGUCCAUGUGAUAGUGACAUCGCCCUGGCAUAGCUGAGGACUUAAAUUGCAUGUCAUUUCCACAUGGACAGUAACUGAUUGUCUUUACUUCGGUCUCCAUACUCUAGAGGCUUAGUGUGUGUGUGUUGCCCUGUAAUGGCAUGCCUGUCAUGUUUUUUUUUUAUGCUAUUCCAUUUGUUCUAAUCACUGUGGGGAUUUGGAUGUCGCACCCCCUUUGUGUGUCCGAGACAGCGAUGGGAACGGGUGGGAAGCACUCGUUAUUACCUUGUCGUCAUUUUGACCCAAACCCCUAGCCCUGCCCCACGUCCGUCAUACUACGUCCCGUAUGACUCCCGUAACUUGGACAUUUUAGUCAAUGAACUGCUCCGAAAGUGUGUUACGGGCAGAAUGUAGAAAAGACGACCUCACUGGAUUGUAGGCAAUGUUUGUAGCAAGACACCAAGAAAUGUAUGUUCCAUUUUAAUUCAAAGAUUGACAGGCUGUCUUUUUCCACCUACCAAUAUUCUUCCUGUUAAGGUUUUUUAUGAGCCACUCUGACCGAAAUGUCCAAGUUACAGGAGACGUACAUACGUAUGCAGGUCCUGGAUCAGGGCUACACAUAUGCCCCGACUAGAAGUGCUCUGCGCUUUCAUUUGAAUGAUUUGUCCGGCUGAAAACCGAGAAGCAGCACAAGAAGAAGGGAAGACUGAUCAUAAACUAUUUCCCGUAGUGGUGACCGACGAUGAAUGGCUAAACCCAGACAUUUGGUUAAUAAACUGUUCAUGUUAUUAGAAGGUUUCUCGGCUCCGCAACAACUCUGUAAGAAAGUUUAUCCUGAAGACACGAGUCACCUGUUCAGCGUAUUAACAGCAGCAAUGUGCGAUGGAAUGGAAAGGGAGUGUACGGUGGCCCUUAGAGGACAAACUUUACAACAGUUAAAUUGACAAAGGAGCAAAGAAACCACGACACUUCAUACAUUUAUGGAGGUUAAUGAUGACUCACAGGUCUGGGGCAAUGCACGACUUUUGGUGCUUGUGUGUGUGUGUGUGUGUGUGUGUGUGUGUGUGUGUGUGUGUGUGUGUGUGUGUGUGUGUGUGUGUGUGUGUGUGUGUGUGUGUUAGAGCUGCAACUAACAAUUAUUUUGAUAAUCGAUUAAUCUUCGAUAAUCGAUUAUCAAAAUAGUUGCCCAUUAUUUCUCUGUCGGUCGACCAAUCAAUUAGACUAAUCAAUUAGUCGACUAAUCGUUGCAGCUCUUGUGUGUGUGUGUGUGUGUGUGUGUGUGUGUGUGUGUGUGUGCGCGCGUUAUGUGCACGUUCAUGUACCAGGCCUGUGUUUUAAGCACAUACAGUAUGUACCAUGAACACUCUCAGUUCCGUUUGUAUCAGUCAUUAUGCUGGUGCUGGGAGGUUUACGACCCUCGUGUUUUAUUGUGGAGGUCAAUAUCUGUUUGUUUGUCUGUUUAUCUGUUUAGGAAGCGAUGCUUAUACGACAAUGUGUGCCCUGGAUACUCGCAACGACAGCAAGGGAGAUACUAAUGCAGUCAUUAAUGUCCUUUUGCAAUUCAACUCUUUCUUUUCAUCACUCAUUCUCUUUUUACUGCUUUACAUCGUGUAUUUACAAAUGAUUGUUUUGAUCUGUUUCCAACCCUGAUGGGUGGGAAUGGUUUUCAACUAUUCAGAUUGUGCCACAGAAGUGAUGAUUUUAAAGGGUCAGUUCACCCAAAAUACAAGCAUUUGUUUUAAGAUCUGGUGGAUGAAUGGGAGUUCCUUUGUGUUGACAGCUUUGAAAAUAUACAUUGUAACUCCAGAAACCUCGGAUACUUCAGACCUCACUGUCAACAAUUACUUUCUGCUGAAGAAAUAGUCCCAGUGACUACUGGGGGACACUGAUUCUGGAAAGUCAUGUUGCCUUCAUGGGAAAUAAGCGUAUUAAUUUUCUUGCUGAGAAAUAGACAAGAAGAUUGAUGCCACUCUCAAGCCUGGUAGGAAAUGGUUAGCAUAGCUUAGCAUCAAGACUUGAAGAAAGGGAAAACAGCUCUGUCCAAAGAUUUAAAAUACGCCUUCAGACAUCUCUUAAUUAACAUGUGAUAUGGGGUUUGUUUAAUCUGUACAAACACUGAAGUGUAAAAAGGACAAUUUGCCUGUUUUAAUGCGAAGCUCACAGGCUGCCACGUCUAACUCUGUAUUGAACGGACGAGUGUGUGGUUUCAAUCUUCUUGUCUCACUCUCAACAAAGUGAGACAAUAAACUAUAACUAAGCGAAAAACAAAACUAUCAGCAUCAUAGAUACCACUAGGUUUAAGUUUGGAAAUAUGCUUUUUAUUUUAUUUGGGAGAACCCAUUUAAUCAAGGAUGCAUUUAGAGUGUAGACAUUACAUCUCAAAUGGACUUAGUUUACAUUUCCACCUGUGCGUACCCCACCCAUCUGGCGCCUUCAGAUACAUGACCCAGGUCAACAUACCACUCACAACGUUCUCUCUUCUGCCCUCACACAUUCAGAUUUAUUUACACAAUGUAGACAUUUUUGUACAAUAACUAGAUCUUUCAUAUAUGUGUUAGUAUUCAACCAUAUUUACACAGAAAUGUACUCAUACAAACACAUUGGAACAAUCCACCAGUUACAGCAAUUGAGUAUUUCAGAAACCCUCACACACACUCCACACACACACUCAUACACACAACCUACUCUGACUCUUCCAGGGGGGAAACCCCUACCGCUGAACGACAGAAACACAGCACUGAACUUGUAAUUUAUUGUUUGUACAACUGGUAUGUGAAUAAAAAAACAAUGAGAUGAGUUUUAUUUAUUAUAGUAAUUUUGUAUCAAAUUACUAUUUAACUUAGGAAUAUGACAGAAUCAUUCCUUUGUAAGAAUAUAGUGUUUCUUUUCUAGUCAUCCACAUGAAUAUAUGUACAUAAAAUCUAUAUAUUUAAAUA